AUGGCCCUCCCGCCGACUUCCCAUGAGAACACGCCCAAUGCGUGGUUUCUCCAGCUAAGGUCCACCAACGCGAACACCACCACCCCGCGCGAGUUUAGCAUCGCCAAGCUCGCGUGCACUGAUACCAAAGACAUCCCUACCAAAGACGGCAAGCCCACGAAGCCUGCGGGUCUGGUGCACGGCGGCGUCAUCUUGGGGCGGAAGAGCAGCCAAACCAAAGAGCAUGGCGAGAGCGGAGUGUUCAUCUCGCCUAUCCUUUCCCGUGCUCACGCGCAGCUCACCGUGUCCACCAACGGUCAUGUCUACAUCACCGACCUCUCGUCCCUUCACGGGACGUCAAUCCUUUCUGCCGGAUCUAGCGAGCUGGUCUCGCUCGACCCUUACUCGCCUGUCCAGCUGUGCCAGAACGACACUAUCGUACUGGGCAAAGACGUCUAUGCAGACGGAAAGGAGUUUACGCCCUUCAAGCUUCAAGUGGUCUUUGCUCAACCGGUGUUCGGUAAAGGCAGCGACAAGGGCACUCGCAAGUCAAUUGGAAAACUUACUCCAGAAGAUUGCACUGGCAAGUUUCUUGCUCUUUCCCAGAUCCCUCUGUUUGAAAAGAACGUCAGCAAGAUCGAUGAUGCCCCAGUCGUCAUCGAUUCAGAUGACGAGGACGAUAUCGAGAUGCUUGAAGGCGACAAGAGCUCCAAGUACGGUAUCCCCGCUUGGAUGAGGUAUGCCAGCGAGGCGCCCAUCUCUCAGGCUCGUUAUGAGAAUGCUGCCAACCUCAGCGAUGAGGACGGGGACGACAUUGUCGCCAUCCCCAACAAAGAGGACAUUGGGCUUCAACGUGUCGCCAAAUCUCAAAGCAUCCUCUAUUCUGACGACGAGGGUGACGAUGACGACUAUCCUCGCGGUACUGCACAUGUGUCUCUCGAGGGCGACGUCGUUGCCAGCGAGGACGAAGACGACAAUGAGCAGGAUAGUCCAGAGGUACAGGGCGUCAGGGAAGUCAUUAGGAGUUUUACAUGUCGCCAAAGUUCCCCCGAAUACUCCCCCAGUAUUGUCCCUGCCGCUGGUCCCGAGAAAAACCUCAACGCCCAGUCUCUUUCUCUCUCGAAGGAGUCCCCUCUCAGCCUCAGUAGCAUCUUGAACCAAGCUGAAGGGCGUGGCAAACGCGACGGCUCCCUUCAGGGCAAGUCUCUCUUUGAUGACUAUCAGUCUUCGCCAGCCCCCUUCGCCAAUUGUCAUGCUCUUGAGGGUAUCGACUCUGGAGACGUCUUCGACUAUGAAUUCCAGGCCACUGCACAGCGCGCUGCCGUUGAGCAAGACAAGUAUGCCGAAGACACCGAGGUCAACCAGUCUGCAAAGGUCAGCGCUUCCGACCUUGCUGCUUUCUUGGCUUCUGAGAUCCUCCCGGCAAAGUCUGUUCCUGCCUUUUCUGUUGAAGAUUCCGAGUCCGAGUCUGGGGAUGUAGUCGAGCCGGCACAGGCACCCGUGGCACCCCAGCACGAGCCGAAGGGACAGAACGCUUUCGACGACGCAAUGUCUGCCGGUUGGCCUUCCGAGCAGGACCAAGCGCCGGUUCAAAGCAAUGCCGACUUUGCCGCGACCGGUGGGGACGAGGUACUCAGCGAAGGGGAAGAGGAAAGCGGGGUCACCACGGGGGACGAAGAACAGCCCCUCUCUGCUGUUUUGGAUGACCAAGACGAAGGGUUGGUGAGCGAUGCUCCGUCCGACACGAGCUACGAGUCCGAGGACAGCGCGGUGGACGACAAAGAGUCCAGCGCUAGUGAGAGUGAAGGUGAGAGUGAGAGCGGUAGCGAGAGCGAGAGUGAGGGUGAGAGCGAGAUUGAUGCGAGUAAACAUGAGGCGGUCAAGAAGCAGCGCGACUUGCUCAGAGCUAUCACCGGCAAGGAUAUCAAGAAACUCAACUCCAAGCAGAGCAAGCUUCAAUGGUUUGGUACAAGCUUGCCUGAUAUCUAUCGUGGCCCUGAGGAGUGUCUCGAUGAUCAGCAACUUGCCGAAUAUAUGCGAGGAGCUGCCGAGAGGGGUGCGGACGCUGGUUCCGAUCCCGAAGUGGCUUCCCAGGCCGAGUCUGAGGAUGAAGAUGAAGAUGAGGGUGAAGGUGAAGGUGAAGAUGAAAGCGUGCAGCAAGAGUCUGAAUUUGAGGCUAGGAAUGACGACAAAGAUGUGCAGUCUGAGACUGAGGAGGAGUCGGACGACGAGGACGCGCCUUGUCCCACCCAGUAUGUUGAAGCUAUUGACGUUGACGCGCCCGACACCCUCCAGCCAGCCGCGGAUCUCGCCGCUAUCAGCGAUCCAAUUGCUACCCCUUCCACGAGCAGUCCCGCUUCCGAUCGUAUCCUCACUCCCAUCAUCGGCCAGAAACGUUCCCUGCCCCAGGAUGAUGAGGAAGACGAAGACCUCGUGCCUGUGCUGCAGCUCAAGCGUCUCGCGUCUGUCCAGGUGCCUACCGAGACGCCUGGCGAAUCUUCCGUCAUCGAGGUGAACACUGCCAUCGCGCAGGAUAACAAGGUGGUUCAACCUCCCGCGAAGAGGAGGAACGUGGCGCAGGCUAUGGGGCUUGUAGUACUUGGCGCUGCGCUGGGCAGUAUCGGGACCAUUGCGGGUCUCAUGCAGCUCGCCGAGGAGUAG